AUGGCUGACAACGAUCUUCCACGACUGUCGCAUUCAGAUAACUACCUGAGGUAUGGCAGACAGAUGAUCCUCGAUGGCUUUGGUUUAGAGGGUCAACUCAAAUUACAGAACUCGUCUGUCGUGGUCAUCGGAGCAGGGGGCCUUGGUUGCCCCGCAUUACAAUAUCUCGCUGCAGCGGGCAUAGGUCGCCUAGGCAUAAUCGACCACGACACGGUCGAACUGUCUAAUCUCCAACGCCAGAUCCUUCACAAUGAUAAAACGAUCGGCAGCCCGAAAGCCGUCUCUGCAGCCCAAGCUAUCGCUGCUCUGAACCCACGCGUCAACAUCGACGUAUGCCCCAUUGCUCUUGAUUCAUCCAACGCGAUCUCUAUCCUCGCCCCGUAUGAUGUGAUCCUCGAUUGCACAGAUAAUGCUCCCACACGCUACCUUCUCUCUGAUACCGCCGUCAGGCUCAAAAAGCCUCUCGUCAGUGGUGCCGCACAGAAAUUCGAUGGCCAACUUUGCGUAUAUAAUCUGGGCGAGGAUGGCCCCUGCUAUCGUUGCAUAUUUCCGAAGCCACCUGCCCCAGAAAUGACAGGGUCCUGCGAGGAGACAGGCAUACUAGGCGCUGUAACAGGGAUUAUUGGAAAUCUGCAGGCACUAGAGGCGAUAAAGCUCAUCACGGGUCUGCAUGAUAACAAAGCUUCCCUGUUGCUUUUCAGCGCUCUAUCUGUUCCUCCGUUUCGUACCGUGAAGCUGAGAUCAAGAAAGCUCACGUGCGCUGCAUGCGGAAUCGAGGGCCAGAAAAUCGGGUCCAUCGAAGAAACAGAUUAUGUAGCAUUUUGUGGUGGUGCACGGCCGAAUUGGUCAGAACGUGGUCUCGAAGCUGGCGGGCCUGAAUCGCGGAUAUAUGUCAAAGAACUGAAAUCCGUCUUCGAAUCAAACGAAAAUCAUGCCAUCAUCGAUGUGCGGCCGAGAACCGAGUUUGGUAUAUGUCAUCUUCCGAGGUCUACGAGUGUCCCGCUCAAUGUUCUCCUGGCUAAUCCAGCGCCGCAUGUUCCCCAAGACAAAUCAUGCCAGGUGUUUGUUCUGUGCAGGUUAGGCAAUGACUCUCAAAUCGCUGCGGAUGCGAUCAGGGCAGUUGAUCCCAAUCUGAUUGUAAAAGAUGUUGUCGGAGGCUUGCGUGCAUGGUCAAAUGAGAUAGAUCCAACGUUUCCUGUGUAUUGA